AUGCCCCACGUGUCUAAGCACAACAAUCUGACCAAGAAGGGAAAGAAGACGGCGACGGCGACGGCGCCAGAGCCAGAGCCACCAGCUCAUUUGGCUUUUCAAGAAGCACACUACAACGACGAAGAUGUGGUGCGGGACUUUAGUGACCUACUAUCACGAACGUGUCGAGUUUGGAAUGAUGGUAGUUUCCAUUCGGAUAUGAUGAACGGCGGAACAGGUGCCAUGUUCAACAAUGGCCAUCACAUCCCCGACGGCGGAGCAAAGACGCCGCCUGGCAAUCCAGUUCUGGAUGCUAAGGCAAAGCGGAACCCAAAUGACAAGAAGAUGACUCUGGUCUCGACUACAAUCGCCUAG